CCAUAGUUACGCGGGUCACAUGCGUGGGUUUCCUGUAGCCAGCAGCAAAAGUGAUGCUACAUUUUUACAGCCAUUUUCAUGCAGUUGACAUCAAAAGGCGGUUUGUGAGACACACUUGAACCGAGAUCGAGAAUGGAGAUAACGUUAGCCAGAUUUGUUGUAGCAACUCGCCAUGGUCUUGGAUUCCAUUUUUACUCCUAGUUCUCCUUGAAGCAUCCUUGGAAGUGGACUGUCAAUCCUUGUUAGCAACAAGCUAACGGUAGCUGGAACCUUUUUUCCUAUUUACUGUGUUGCUCCUCUGGGCGCCUCAAAAGACUGAAUUCAGAGAUGAGUAUUGAAAUUCCAGACGGACUAACGGAGCUGUUGCAAAGCUUUACGGUUGAAGUGCUAAGGAAUCAACCAGAACCCGGAGACCUUCUGGACUUUGCCUUGCAGUAUUUCAGUCAACUCAAAGAAAAUCGGACGAGAGGAGCCGCCUUUGACAAUGCUAGAAAUUCGGCUAACGCUACUUCUCGCCCUGGAGGCGGGAGGGCGGUCAACUUUGCAGAGGAGGCGAUGCAGAUUGACUCUGAAAAUGAUGAAGACGACGAAGACGAUGAAGAAUUCGUGGCACCUGUGAUCAACAGAUUCAUGAGAAGAUCCUCAGUGUGUGCGGAGGCGUUCAAUCCCGACGAGGAAGAGGAAGAUAAGGAGCCCAGAAUAACCCACCCCAAAACCGACGAGCAGAGACACAGGCUACAGGAGGCCUGCAAAGACAUCCUCCUGUUCAAGAACUUAGACCCGGAGCAGAUGGCCCAGGUCCUGGACGCCAUGUUUGAGAAGCCGGUGGAAUCCGGCGAACACAUCAUCGACCAAGAUGAGGACGGGGAUAACUUCUACGUCAUCGAAAGAGGGAACUUCGACAUCCUGGUGAGCACCGACGGGUUGCAGCGCGUGGUGGGUUGCUACAACAACCGUGGCAGCUUUGGGGAGCUGGCUCUGAUGUACAACACCCCCAGGGCUGCCACCAUCAUCGCUACGUCCGCUGGGGCCCUCUGGUGUCUGGACAGGCUGACGUUCCGGAGGAUCAUCGUGAAGAACAACGCCAAGAAGAGGAGGAUGUACGAGACCUUCAUCGAGUCUCUGCCUCUGCUCACCUCCCUCGAGCCCUCUGAGAGAAUGAGAGUGGUCGAUGUGUUGUCCACCAGAGCCUACAAUGACGGGGAACAGAUCAUCUGUCAGGGGGACAUGGCGGACUGUUUCUACAUCGUGGAGUCUGGCCAGGUCAGGAUCACCAUGAGGAGAAGCACGACCAGGAAGGAGGAGGUGGAUAUCGCCAUGUGCAGCAGGGGGCAGUAUUUCGGGGAGCUGUCUCUGGUCACCAACAAGCCCCGGGCUGCUUCCGCCUACGCCUUGGGGAGCGUCAAGUGUAUAGUGCUGGACGUGCAGGCCUUUGAGAGGCUCCUGGGUCCCUGCAUGGACAUCAUGAAGAGGAACAUCGCAAACUACGAGGAGCAGCUAGCCAUCCUGUUCGGAAACAACACCGAACUUCAAGAGCAGAACGACGCGUGAGAGACUUCCGGAGAGGGGAGAGUGGGGGGCUCUUGCCCAACAAAUCCCUGGCACAGGGCUCUUUACAUUAGCUGUCCGCUUGCCCCUCCAUGCACAUCUAAGUAUCUUCUAGGUUAACGUUCGAAACAAUCAAAGUGUUGUAAAUGGAUUUGGGUGUGGGUGGGAUCUUGUGUAUGAGUUGUAGUGUUUUGUAUGACAUAAGGGCAUACUGUUGUUUAUCUGUGAUCUCAAGUUACAUUCCUGGCCUUUAAUACAUUCAUACACAGUAUUAUCCCAAUGGUACGUAAAAAAAAACGCACUUUUGAAGUUUGUCAGAUAGACCAAUUGCAUCUGGUUACAGUUCUAUGGUGUCAUCUUCAGUGAUCUCCUGCUAGUGUUUAAUGUUCCAUCUGGAGAGGAAAAAAAGAAGAGGGGGGGGAGGACACAACAACAUUUGGGGUAUUUUUGUAGCCUGUUGUUGUUUCUAAGCAUAUUAAGUCGUAAAAUAUGAGCAAAGACUUCAUAUUUUGCGCGCGCUCCCCGGACCCUGGCUCACAUAUCUCUUAAGCUGUUAAGACCUUUGUUUUUUGACUGUACAAUUUAACCUGAGGUUGCGUAAAACGUCAAAGCCUCUCGCAAAAAAAAAAGAAGGCUACUGUUUGGCCUCACACGAGGUGAAUUCUGUCAAUUCUAAUAUAAAAGUGUGUCCAUUAUUUGUGGUUGCCAAUGUACAUUAUUUGAUGAAAUUGAACAAUGCAUAAUGUAUUGUACUUGAAGUUUGUACCAGUAGUCCUGGGUUUCAGUCUAAGAUGUUGUUCCUAAAGAACAGUAGUAGCCAACUGUUUUAUUAUUUUUUUAUUAAUUUUUUGUUUGACGUAUGGUAUUUAGCCUUUUAAGUUAAAUUGGACAUUCACACACCAUAAGGUGCUCAGUAGCCAAAAAAAUAAAAUAAAUCGAGGGUAGGCUAAAUUUAGGUAUCGUGAUGUUUUUCUGAAUGAAUACCACCAAGGCUUUGUUGACCUGUUUGUAUAAUAGGGUGAGAAGUUGCCAGAGGAUGUUUAUGGGUUUAUUAUCCAUGUUAGUAACUCACAGUGUUCUUUUUCUUCAUGGCAUGUUUCAUUGUCAUAGCCUGUUUAUAAAGGGAAUUGGGGAAACUUUUGUGCUGAGAAUUGCAGAAUUUUCUGCACUCAAUCCCUCAAUACUUCCAAAAACAGGCAAAACGCAUAAGGGAAUCUUGAUAGGAAAAUAGGCCAAAUCGGAGGUUCAAUUUUUGCAUAAUGCUGCUACUCUUUUUGUUUCAUACAGUUUGGUACUGUUUGUUUGUAUGUAAGUUAAACUAUUUAUUUGUUAUUUUUAAGUAAAUGCUCAGCUAUCUUUUUGAAGCUUA